AAAAUCCUCAGAUUUUAUAUCCCAAGUCCCAACCCAACAGAUACAAUUCAACAAUCAACAACUUCAAACCCAAAACCAUUCCUCCUUCUCUCCCUCCUCCUCCUCCUCCUCCUCCUCCUUAUCCGUCGCUCACCCGCACACCGGCACCCGUUUUAAAAUAUUAUCUCCGCCGCUUUGUUUCGACAUCGGGGAUUUCUAAAUCUACUGGUGGCUAUGGAGAGAUAAUGAGGAAGUUUGAGCGGCUACCAUUGCCGUCAUCGUUAGUAUCAUCAAAACCACUAUCAAUAUGUCGUUAUCAUGUUCCGAUCGCUUCACGGACUUACUCUGCGCCGAGGAUUCCGACGAGGUGUUAUCCGGCGAGUCGCCGGCAUGCUCGUCGGAGCUGGACUCUCAGGCGUCCUGCAUCGAGGAGUCCAGCAUCGAUGGCUUUAUUGAAGAUGAGACAAACUUCGUCCCCGGAUUUGAUUACCUUGCUCGGUUUCAGUGUCAAUCUCUUGACGCGUCGGCUCGAGAAGCAUCGGUUGCAUGGAUUCUAAAGGUACAAGCAUAUUACAAUUUGCAGCCUUUAACGGCUUAUCUUUCCGUCAACUACUUGGAUCGGUUUUUGUAUUCCCGCCGCUUGCCGCAAGCUAGUGGGUGGCCAUUGCAACUUUUAUCUACUGCUUGCUUGUCGUUAGCGGCCAAGAUGGAGGAACCUCUAGUUCCAUCUCUUUUAGAUCUUCAGGUAGAGGGUGCGAAAUAUAUAUUUGAACCAAAAACAAUUCAAAGAAUGGAACUGCUUGUGCUAACGGUAUUGGAUUGGAGACUGCGAUCAGUAACACCAUUCAGUUUCAUUGAUUUCUUUGCAUGCAAGCUCGAUCCAACAGGAACUUUUCUCGCCUUUUUGAUUUCAAGGGCGACCGAUAUUAUUUUAUCCAAUAUCAAAGAGGCGAGCUUUCUAGAGUAUCGGCCAUCAAGCAUUGCUGCUGCAGCGAUACUUUGUGCAGCCAAUGAGAUACCAAACUUAUCUCUUUUUAAUCCUGAACAUGCUGAGUCAUGGUGCGAUGGACUGAGCAAGGAGAAAAUCCUUAGCUGCUACAGGUUAAUGCAAGAGCUUGUGGUUGACAAUGCCAGGAGGAAACCACCCAAGAUGUUACCUCAGCUUCGAGUAUCAAUCCGAGGCAGAAUGAGGUCCAGUGACUCAUCUUCCUCAUCUUCUUCAUCACCUUCAUACAAAAGGAGAAAAUUAAAUAACUGCUUGAGGGUGGAUGAUGAUGACAGAAACUCCAAGUAAGGGGAGAAGGGGAAAUAAUAAAUAAACAAUAAAUAAGGGGGAGAAAGGAAAGGAAAAAUGGUGGCCCUAGUUGUCUAUAAACCUCAAUAUAUAUAUAUAUUGGUUGGAGGGUCAGGGUUUUGAGAGUAAAUUGACCUUGGAGAGUGAUGUAGAUUCUAUAGUAUAAAUAUAUAAAUGUGCAUGUAAGAGUUUGGAGAUGGAUUAAAUAUAAUGGUGGGUGGGGUGGCUGGCUUUGCAGAUUCCCAAGGGAGUGGGGGUGUUGGUUUGUUACAUAAAUAUAUUGGUGAGAGAAAGUUAGGGAAAAGAAAAGCAUGUUUAAUAUUUAGAGGAAGUCAUAAGGUGUGAAAGGCUAGAAGAAUUGAUUGUUGAACGAACAUAUGAAAGGGUGGGGAGGAGAUGGCGGGUCCCUUAACCACAGCCGAAAGCAAAGCAGAGGAAAUUUUCUGAGAUGGGUUUGGCGGAUUUACGGGUUCAACGUUGAAGCUUGAGCUGUUUUUUGUGGUCAUUGAGAUCAUGAGAUUGAUUAAAGUCAAGCUUCCCAUCUGAUGAAAUAAAUUAAAUAUCAAAACCAAAGGAACAAUAAAUUUGGGUUUUUUUUCGAGUGGAUUGUGUGUUCACGCGUUUGGCAUGUGUGGCACGCAGGUGUGUAUGUGUGCUUUUUUGGCGGGAAAUGCCUCUUUCUGUUUUUUUGUUCAGUUCCUUUCUUUCUUAAUGGCCUUGGCCUAACCUAUUACCGGAUUUUAUCCGGUGGUGUUCUUGCGUGCGAUGGUAACACGUGUGCAUAUAUUUUUCCUUUUUUAUUUUAAUUAUUUUAUUUUUUUCUACAAAAACAAAUUUCCUCCGAGGAGAAGGAAAACCUCUUUCAUGACCAGUUUUUGGUCUCAACAUAUACGAAAGGUCUUUGGGGCCUUUUUGAACUUUGUUGUAUUCAAUUCGUGAAUAAAUAAAAACUCAUUAUUUAGUAUUGUAA